AUGAAGAGUGUGCCGUACAUGUUAUGGCUCUGCGUCGCCAUCGCCUCGGCUUAUCCCACCCGUGAUGACACCGUCAACAUCGCUGCCAGUCCCGUGUCUGCCGAGGCGCAACCCGCGCAGACUAUCGCUCCCGUGCCCGAGGACUGGCCCAUCAAAUGCGCGACCGACCCGUGCUAUACCGCUUGCACGGGCUGGGCGGAGUUCUUUUCAAUGGGAGGCGGCUGUAGGACAUGUCACGAGGCCCAUCGGCACUGCUACUACUGGGAGGAAAAUUAA